ACGGAUCUACUGAUCCGUAGACAAAAUCUACGGAAAUUGGAUUUUUCUACGCAAAUCUACGGAAAUUUAAAUUUAUCAACGGAGAACUACGGAAACUAGUUUUGUCUGACGACCAAAAAAAAAAGCUUUUCACCGCGAGAGCUUCCGAGAAAAGUGCCAAUCUACGGAAAUGACACUACUACUAUCUGGCAUCGCUGGCUGUUUCCACGGUUCCACCGUUUACGCGUUUACUAUGUUCUGGAACGAAUUGUUCCUAAAGCGCGUGAGAUGCGAGCCGUUCAACAUCAUCAAAAGAAAGUUUGUGAUUGCAAACAUUAUUCAGAUUUUGUUUUCAACAGUGUGCAGCAAUCUAUAAAAUCAAUAAUUGACGAUGGAUGAAAAACCGAUAGAAGAAUUGGAGAGUUCAGAGUUGGGUACUAAAGAAUAUUGGGAGAAGAGCUACGAAACGGAAAUUCAAAACUAUAGGGAUCAUGGAGAUGUUGGAGAGGUUUGGUUCGACGAAGAUAGUCAACUAAGAAUUAUCAGGUGGAUUGAGAAGCAGGAAGCGUUAAUAUGUCAAGAUGACCCUAUCAUUGAUUUAGGAUGCGGAAACGGAAUGAUGCUAGUAGAAAUGGCUCGUGAAGGUUACAGCAAUCUCACUGGUAUUGAUUAUUCACCUAAAGCCGUGGAGCUUGCCCAAGCUAUAUCUAAAGACCAAGAUGUGCACAUUACGUACAAAGUAGCUGAUUUACUAGACAAAUCAAAUGUGACCAGCUUGGGAACAUUCAAAGUAGUUCAUGAUAAGGGCACCUACGAUGCAAUAAGUUUACAUCCUGAAGAUUCAAAGUCUAUGAGACAAAUUUACAUCUGUAAUGUCCACCAGCUGCUGCAAACUGAUGGACUGUUCAUUCUCACAUCAUGUAACUGGACUCAAAUGGAGUUGGUAAAAAGUUUUGAAGAGCAUUUCAGUUUACAUCAGGUUAUUCCGACACCUUCUUUUACAUUCGGUGGUGCAGUGGGUAAUGUUGUUACUUCAGUUGUAUUUAAAAAGAAAUAAAUAAUAUAACGUUUUGAUUGUUAAUUACUUAAUAAUGAAUAUGCUGGACAAAUAUAAAGUAUUGCAUGAUUUACGUCAA